GACGUUUUAAAACAUCAGAUCGGUCUGUGUCUUGUCGUACACAUCUUCAUCACUCUCAUCCUGAUAUACAACAUGUGUUGGUACGAGGUAGUUCGGACAGAUCCGGGACAGCUUGUCAGUCACAUUUUCUGGCUCUCUGGAUCUUCGACGAUUUUAGUCGCCCUGAUGGCAGCCUGCUGUCUUGUAAACAUUCAGGCUCAUGAACCUGCGAAAUUUAUUUACAACCUUUCCAUGAAGGAAAUGACUGCCGAAUUUGCAGUUCAGAUAAAUGUAUUCCUACACCGGCUGAACGGCUCUCCCAUUGGUCUGACGGCAUGGUCCCUGUUUGUAAUCGACAAUCAAGUCGUUGUCAGUGUCGCAGGAAUGCUUGCAACAUAUUUCGUUGUGUUGCUCCAGUUUCAACAGUCAUCGUCUGCUCCAAACAACAGUGGGAAUGCAACAAUAGUCUAACACGAGCUGCGUCCACAAAAUGAAAAUAUAUUAAAUGUGAACCCACGUUUUUAGUUACUCAGAUACCUAACGGAUUUUUGUUAGCAAGAAUAUUAUAUAACACAAAAUUAUAACAAAACACGAAAACCUCAGCGAUGAGAUGUAUUUCCUAUUGUUUCAACGAGAAUGACAUCGUUUACUUAUCAAAGGUUGGAUAUUCCGAAGUAUGUCAUUGGUACAUAACGUCUAUCGUUGUUGCUGGUUAUGUUUGAAAGGACAUCAUAUGUUAUUAUUUUGCAUUAAUGUAGC